AGCGCAAGGGCAGCGCUGGAGACGAUUUGAGACGAAAGUGAAAUGCGCGAGCACUGCAGACACACACAUACGCAGGAACGGCAGACCUGAGCAUCCCUCUCUCCUCUUCGAAAAAUCGGACAAAAUUGCCGCUGGACACGGCACUGAACUCAACAAAAGUCAACGACGGGAACCGAAAAAGAAGAGAGAAAAUAGUUUCAGCGCAAAGCGAAGUGUCAAUAUCAGAAGGCACAGAAGCAGACAGUGCACGCGUUGUGUUUGUUUUCCACACGCACCACGCGCUGUUUUCUGGUCAUGGCUGAAUAGAGUCCCUCUUUUUCCCUCUCCUGCUCCCCCUGUCCCCCACCCCUCCUCCAACCCCGUCUCCCUCUCCCGGACUAUAAACCCCGCCCGCAGCCGCCCAGCCGCCCAGCCGAGGGAUGGCCUCCUCUAAGAGCGGGUACGAGGGCAAGAUCGCGGGUCUGUACGACCUGGACCGCACCCUGGGCAAAGGCCACUUCGCCGUGGUCAAGCUGGCCCGCCACGUGUUCACCGGUCAGCUGGUGGCGGUCAAGGUCAUCGACAAGACCAAGCUGGACGCCAUGGCGACGGGCCACCUCCUGCAGGAGGUGCGCUGCAUGAAGCUGGUGCAGCACCCCAACGUGGUGCGGCUGUACGAGGUCAUCGACACGCAGACGCGCCUCUACCUCAUCCUGGAGCUGGCGGACGGCGGCGACAUGUACGACUACAUCCUGCGGCACGAGGGCGGCGUGUCGGAGGCCCGCGCCAAGGUGCACUUCGCCCAGAUCGUCCGCGCCAUCGCCUACUGCCACCGGCUGCACGUGGUGCACCGCGACCUCAAGCCCGAGAACGUGGUCUUCUUCCGCCAGCAGGGCACGGUCAAGCUCACCGACUUCGGCUUCAGCAACCACUUCCAGCCCGGGACCAUGCUGAUGACCAGCUGCGGCUCGCUGGCGUACUCCGCCCCCGAAAUCCUGCUGGGGGAGGAGUACGACGCCCCGGCUGUGGAUAUCUGGUCCCUGGGGGUGAUUCUGUACAUGCUGGUGUGUGGAAAGCCGCCCUUCCAGGAGGCCAACGACAGCGAGACGCUCACCAUGAUCAUGGACUGCCGCUACAACGUGCCCCCCCACGUCUCCUCCGACUGCAGGGAUCUGAUAGCGCGCAUGCUACAGAGGGACCCCUCUCGGCGGGCGUCUCUGGGGGAGAUCGAGGAGCACCCCUGGCUGCGAGGCGUGGACCCCUCCCCCUGCCCCACGGGCCGAGCCUCCGCCCCCCUCACCUCCCACCACAGCCUGACGGCCGAGGAGCACCAGGCCAUCCUGCAGGCCAUGAGCAGCGGAAACAUCGCCCCCCGCGAGGCCGUGCAGGAGGCACUGGAGGCUAACCAGUAUAACCACAUCACAGCUACCUACUACCUGCUGGGGGAGAGGCUCCUGAGAGAGAAACAGGAGCAGCAGGGGCAGACUGAGCCAGCCCAGCCCCAUACACUGCAGAGGCCUGUGUCAGCGCCCCUGGAUCUGGGUGAUGGGGGGAGGCGGGACCUCCUCAGCAGCUCCCCCUGCAGGAGCCUAAGCCGGGAGGAGGAGCGGAGCUUCCUGUCUGAGCAGCGGAGCUUCCUGUCUGAGCGGCCCUCCCUCCCACUGACGCUACACCCCGCACCCCCCAACGAGCUCACGCCUGUGAAGGCCGUCUGCGCCCUCCAGCAGAUCUUCGAGGAGGAAGAGGAGGAGGAGGAAGAAGAGGAUGCCCAGGUCAACCUCCAGAAGCAGGAGGACCCAGGUCUGGGAGGGGGUGGGGUUAACAUAGAGGUGGGUGGGCCUAGAGUAGUGGAUGGACAGGCCAGGGGGGAGGGGUCAGAACAGGGUGUAACAGAGGAGGAGAACACACCUGUGCAGGUGGUGGAGCCUGAGCGGUCAGGUGACCUAAAGAGGGUGGAGUCAGAGCAUCAGGUGACUGAAGCAGUAGGUGUUGUGGGAGGAGACCUGCCUCUGAAAGGGGUGGAGACUGUCAGUCAGGCGGAGCCUGUGGAGCCCACGCCCACCACAGAAGGCCCCCAAGCCCCGCCCACUCAAGACAGGAGCCCUUCCAGUCACCCAAAGGGGGUGGAGCCCCACCCCCAGAGUGUACACGCUGUCGACGGAGACCCCAAACCCAUGCAGGAACACAACAACAACACCCUCCCCAACCUGCUGGAGCGGGGGCAGCCCAGCUCCUCACCCCGCUCCCUGCCGCGCAACCACUGCGUGGACCUGGGCCCCGACGGGGUGGAGCCGCGCCCGGGGGCCCCUCUCCCCGGCCCCCAGGGGUCCGCCCACAAAGAGCCGGGGCCCACGGGGGGCGAGGCGGGGCCUGAGCCCGCCCCCAGGGGUCCCAAGAGCCGGAACGUGAACCUGCGGGACCGGCUGCUGCAGUUCCCCCUCUGCGAGAAGGCCCUGUCCUUCAACAUCCAGCCCACCUCCAAGGAGAAGCUCCUCCCCUUCGCCCAGUACAACUGCUGCCACGUGCUGUAGGCCCCGCCCUCCGAAUACGCCCACAGCCUACCACUGUAGCCCUGCGCUGUAAGGCCCCGCCCCCACCAGCCCUUGGACUGCCUCACACUGCUCUCAUAGGGCGCGCUCGAUUAGGGGGCUCCUGGUUGGUUGGGGAUGUUGGCUGGGUGGAGUUUUCGCUCAAUUUCGACCGGGCUCAUUUCGGCGGAACGCUGCCUGCUCUAAUGGUGCGUUCACGGCAUCUCGGAAGUGAUGCCACCUUUGCAACCUUUCGACACAAGCGCUGAACGCAUCAUAGCUAAGCAGUGACAAGUGAUGAUGUCACGCCCCGGUUUUACCCGGUCACGUGACACGGCUUUGGUGAACGAGCGCGCCCAUAGCCCUGUGUGUGCGCGGGUGGGGUUGGGGGAGGAUUAGAGGACACAACGAACAGUCUAACCCUGGAACUCGUGCGACCUUUGACCUCCUCCCCCUUUGUGUUACCCAUAAUUCCUGCUGCUAAAUUGUAGAGUGUUCCACCUUCGGUUCGAUUACGGACAUCCCAAUGGCCUCCUUCCAGCACGACGAGAUGGGAGAUGUUCCUGGCUUUGGGAACGCCUGAAAGACUUAUAGCUUCUCCCUGCAGUGCUACCCCUGUAGUAUAGCUAGCUUCCCUUGCAAUAUAACCACUGUGCUGUGGCAAAUCUCACCAUUAGCAUGACGCUACGUGAAUGGAUCUCAAUGACGACACUCCCUCCCAGACAUAGAUGCGUCUACAGAAGGUUUGCUGAAUGAGACAGCCCCUGUACCUGUUUGGUUUGGGACAGGGGCUGUGUUCGAAACGGCAUACAUACUCUUAGCUUACGACUCGUACUACAUUUCAAUGAAAAUCAGUCUGAAAUUUAGUACGAGUAGUAUGGUAGUAUGCAGAAAUAGAGUAGUAUGGUAGUAUGCAGUUUCGAACACAGCCAAAUAGUUUGAGUUGGGCAGGGGGGGGCUCUCUUCAUUGUGAGGUUACAGGUUAUCAUGUCAUCAUGUGGGUGGAGCUGGAGAUGUGUACAUUUGGAAGCCUGUUACAUUCGAGCUUUUAACUUUCAACAAACUUUGUAGAACAAAAGACGUAAUGUUACAAAUCUGUAACAGCAACACUGACAAGGACAGUGUGGUUUUUAUGACUGGCUUCACGAGAGAAACACAACAACGAGGGAAUGAAACGAUAUUGACAACAGCAAUGCAGGACUUGCAGAUUCUAUAUAUUAACUUCAACUUUUAUUUUGAAAACUUGAAUAUUAAUUCCCCCAAAAAAUAUUCUAUGAAAGCAUUGAAUUAUUUAAAAGAGUAAAGAACACUGAUGGUUUAUAGGACAAGGAGGAGAAAUUGUUCCAAUUUCAUCUUCCGAUUUUUGUAUGUGGGCUUUGUCUGAGAGUGUGUGAAUGCAGUGGGUGGUUGUGAGGUUCAUAUGACCAAAAGGAGCUCAAAUGUGUUGUUCUGCACAGAUUGUAAUCAGACCUGGGUCAAAUACAUAAUUGUUUUGGAUCCAAAUACUUUUCCACAUUUACCUGCUAUAGCAUCCUUUGAGCUGAACAUUGAGCUGGUCAAGCUGCUCAUAAGCUGUUUAGCUGGGUAUGAGCUGACCAGUGCUGGUAGCUUGUCCAAGCUGGUAGAUGCUCCACCAUAUUGGAACCGAUGAAAUACUCUCAAACAGAGCAAAUCCCGCCUUCUGCUCCUUUUGGCUGGCUCAGUUGCACCAGGCAAGCUCAAUCGAGCAGAGAAAAGUAUUUGAAUCCAAAACAAUUCCGUUUAUUUGACCCCGGUCUGCUUGUAAUAAGAGUUACAUUAUCCAAACAGCUACAGUCACUCCCAUAGUCAGGCUGUGUGUAUUUUAUUGGGCGCUUUGGUAAACCUGCUCUGUCUGUUAUAAGUGAAGGAACUCUUCCGUUUAUUAUUAUUACUUUAGAAACCGCAUAGAGGCUGCUGUAUCUCCUACAGGCAUCACUCAAAAAUACCAUCACACCCACAAAGGGACCCCAGCAUCUGAGGAGACCGGCGAUAUGAAGAAAAGCAUUUUAAUACUACUGACCAUGCUAGGUUGGCUCGAUGUAACUCUUUGUAGUUUAAAUAGUGAUACAUGUUAACUUCCACAUUUUUAUCAGAGAAAUGGAACGUUGUUGCGGUUCUCUGAAAAUAAGUGUUAAGGAACUUGCAGGUGCAGGAAUGAGUGUUCACAUUUCUAGUAUGUUUUAAAUGCAGGUGUUAUCAGUAAUACGCAGAAGAAGAUAUUAAUCAGAUACUGUACGUCUGUUGUGCAGAGGUAGAAAGUCCCGGGGUCUGAGAGUAAAAGUCCUCCUGUGAGUUUCUUCCACCCAUGAACUCAGCCAGCAGAUUUCAUGAAUUAGUUCUACCUCCUGGCUGAAGAAUUGCGCAAAUUCGCAAAUCCAGAUAAUUGAAACAAAAUACUGGAGAGGACUUGUACUUUCUGAACCUGGAUUUUCCACCUCUGCGGUUGUGACACAGGAUUGUGUCAAGUGUCAUAUGAAAUAAGCUUCCUGUUUUGUUUUUUCAUUUCUGUGGUUUGAUGGCGAUUUGUGUGGCUGUGAACGAGAAAGGAGUGUGAUAGAGACUGUGUGUCGAAGUGUUGUAUGUUAGUGGAGAGCACAGGUGCGUUAGCCAACGGGCAGAGAUUGUUCUUUGGCAGAAGAUUUGUUCAAAAAAGCUAAAGUUAUGAACAAACAGCACAAUUACCUCAACGAAACUGACACAACCAAAUAAAGAGAGGCCAGAAUGGAAUGGAAGCUGUUGUCAUCCCUGCUGUAAAAUUCAGCUAUGCCAGUUUGAACGGCUUGAAAAUUGAGCUGUUCAUAAGUUGGUGUAGUCGGUUAUGAGCUGGUCAACCAGCUAGUGUUGGUAGCUUGUCUGAGCUGGUAGCUAGUCAACUGGCUACCAGCUGUUUAAAAACCUAGUUUGAGCUGGUCAAACCAUGUCAAGCUGGGAGCUGGUCUGAACUGGUCAACCAGUUAAACCAUGUUGAACUAGGAGCUGGUCUGACCUGGUCAACCUGCUACUAGCUGUUUCAAAACCUAGCAGUUGUUUGUUUCAGCAGGGAUGAGAAACAGAGUGGGGACGUCCAGUAAGACUGGUGCGUUGUUUCUGAACAGUGUUACUCUUAGUUUUUGGCCACGGCACAGUGUUCGGAGGGAGCCCGUUCGUGACUUGGUCCCCGUUACCACAGAAAAUGGUGCCUCAGCUCUGGUUUCAGUUCAGGCCAUCCUGGUCGGUUCGAGCCGACAGCAAGAAACCAUAGAUAUCUUGGGAGGAAGCAGAGGAACGGCCAUAGACGUCUGCAGCAGCUGAGAGUGAGGCCAGGUGUCGGUGCAGUGGAGGCCUGUAGAGGCCUCUGUGGGCUGUGUACUGAUACAAACACACACAUUCACACCCACACACACAUACGUACACCUUCUCCCAGUUUUAGCUUUGUAAGUAGAUGUGGGUCUCUGUUCUUCCACCCUAUGAAUAUCCACUCCAUGGUGAUUGGGGGGGGGGGUUAUGGGGUCAUGUGUGGGUCAUGCAUGGGUCAUCCUGCACUCUGCUGUAGACCCAGAAACACCGAUUAAAACUGACUGUGUCUCGAUGAGAUGAAAUUAUUUUUCUAUUUAUUUAUUAAAAACGAUUUAACCAGCA